ACUCGUUGAAUGUUUCAUUCAUGAACAACGUAUUCAUCUGAAUUUGCACGCGAUAAUUUUGAAAAUCGGAAAAAAUGAGGAUAAAAAUCGAUGGAUUAGAUGUAUAUUUCCCGUAUAAUUAUAUCUAUCCGGAACAAUAUGCAUAUAUGUGUCAUUUGAAAAAAUGUUUAGAUGCUAAAGGACAUGGAGUGUUGGAAAUGCCAUCCGGUACUGGUAAAACAACUUCGUUGUUAUCAUUAAUUAUUGCCUAUCAAAAACGUUAUCCACAUUCGUUGAAAAAAUUGAUUUAUUGUUCACGUACAAUACCUGAAAUUGAAAAAGUUGUUGAAGAAUUGAGAAAAUUACAUGAAUAUUAUAUUGAUGUAAAUAAUGAUGAUUCCCUUGUUGGUUUAUGUUUGACAUCGAGAAAAAAUCUUUGCGUUCAUCCAAUUGCAAGCAGACAAAAAGAUGGUAAAACUGUUGAUGGUUUGUGUUUCAGUAUGACCGCUUCACAUAAACGACAAAAAAACCACGAUAAUCCUGAUGCAUUAUGUAGUUUUUAUGAGCAAUUUGAAAAUGAAGGUCGUGAAUUCGUCCUGCCAAAUGGUAUUUAUAAUAUUGAUGAUCUUAAAGAUCUGGGUAGAAAACAAGGUUAUUGUCCAUAUUUUGUUGCACGUCGUGCUAUAUCAUAUUCAAACAUUAUUGUUUAUAGUUAUUAUUAUCUAUUGGAUCCAAAAAUUGCUGAACUUGUAUCGAAAGAAUUAACCCGUAAUUCGGUUGUUGUUUUUGAUGAAGCACAUAAUAUUGAUAAUGUUUGUAUUGAAUCAAUGAGUGUUACUAUUAAUAAACGUAUUUUGGAAAAAUGUCAAUCAAACAUUGGUACGCUGCAGGAAACAAUUCAACAGAUAAAAGAAGUGGAUGAAAAACGUUUAGAAUCUGAAUAUCAUAAACUGCUCGAAGGACUACAUGAUGCAUCGGUAGCAAAAAAGACGGAUUUAUUCCUUGCAAAUCCAAUCCUACCAAGUGAUAUUCUUCAAGAAGCUAUACCGGGUAAUAUUCGUACGGCUGAACAUUUUAUACGAUUUUUAAAAUAUUUCCUUGAAUAUAUGAAAUCACGUCUACGUAUUCAACAUGUAGUGAAAGAAAGUCCAGCAGCAUUUUUAAAAGAUAUUUAUUCCAAAAUGACUAUCGAACGUAAACCACUGAGAUUUUGUUCCGAACGUCUUCGGUCACUGAUUCGAACAUUGGAAGUAAAUAACAUUACUGAUUUUACCCCACUAACUUUACUAUGUAAUUUUGCUACAUUAGUCAGUACUUAUUUACGUGGAUUUACCAUCAUUAUUGAACCAUUUGAUGAUCGUACACCAAAUGUAUCAAAUCCUAUACUACAUUUUAGCUGUUUGGAUGCAUCGUUGGCUAUAAAACCAAUUUUCGAAAGAUUUCAAUCAGUUAUAAUUACAUCGGGAACGCUAUCUCCAAUUGAAAUGUAUCCAAAAAUGUUAGAUUUUAAUCCAGUUGUAGCCCGAACAUUUACAAUGAGUUUAGCCAGGCAAUGUAUUUGCCCAUUGAUUGUUACCAAAGGAAAUGAUCAAGUACCAAUGACAUCAAAAUUUGAAACUAGAAAUGAUAUGUCUGUAAUCCGAAAUUAUGGUAUACUUUUAGUUGAAAUGUCAUCAAUAGUACCGGAUGGUAUUGUUUGUUUUUUUACAAGUUAUAUUUAUAUGGAACAAAUUAUUGCAUCAUGGUAUGAACAAGGUAUUAUUGAUUCGAUACAAAAAAAUAAAUUAUUAUUUAUCGAAACACAAGAUGCAUCGGAAACAUCGCUAGCACUUUAUAAUUAUGUUCGUGCAUGUGAAAAUGGUCGUGGUGCUGUAUUGUUAUCCGUAGCCCGUGGUAAAAUUUCCGAAGGUAUUGAUUUUGAUCAUCAUCUUGGCCGUUGUGUUAUUAUGUUCGGCAUACCAUAUGUUUAUACACAAUCAAGAAUAUUGAAAGCAAGAUUAGAAUAUUUAUUCGAUAAUUAUCAGAUAAAAGAAAGUGAUUUUUUAACAUUCGAUGCUAUGCGUCAUGCUGCACAAUGUGUUGGCCGUGCUGUUCGUGGUAAAACUGAUUAUGGCAUAAUGUGUUUUGCUGAUAAGAGAUUUGCCCGUGAUGAUAAAUUGAAAAAAUUACCAAAAUGGAUACAAGAAAAUAUGAAUAAAGGUGUAUUGAAUUUAAGUAUUGAAGAAUCGGUACAAUUAACCAGGAAAUUUCUAAAACAAAUGGCACAACCAUUUUCAAAAGAAGAUCAACUUGGCGUUUCACUUAUGACAUACGAACAAAUUAAAGAAGAAAUUAAUCAAAAAAAAAUUUUAUCUCGUGUUGAAAUGAAUAAUACAGUAUUAUCAUGAUUUUUGUUGUUUUUUUUUGAAAAA